AUGGAGUAUUUUAAGAGAGUAGAUGUAUCAGAGAUGGAGGGAAUGACAGAGGAGGAGAAACAGGAGGUCUCCGAAAAGGUGGUGCAGAUGGCACAGAGCGAAGUGAAUAAGAUAAUACAAGUGAGCAGUCUGGCAAGGAAGCUGGAGCAGUUCAUAAAGCACUUAUCAGUGGAGAGUCUCUCAGGCCUCGUAUCAAAAAUAGAAAUAACGGAUAUUUACCACAGAAGCACAACGUAUGCGAUAGAGUCCAUACUAAAAAAGAUAGAAGAGCAGAAGACACUCACAGAGAGCUACAAAGCACUGCUAAAGAGCAUUGAAACAGCUGUGUUAAGUAACCCUUCAAAGGCCUUCAAAAGCAAAGGAACCAACCACAUAAUAAGAGCCAUGCUGAGAAUAGGCUACAGCACAGACGGGCUGAAAGAAGAGAUAAGGGAAACACCGAUUGACUAUUUCAUUGAAGACACCACAAGAGUAGCAACGUACUCUGAGUAUGUAGACCAGGCAGACACAAAAGAAAAAGAAAGAAUAACAGAGUACUUGGUGAAAAUAAUGGACACGCAAAUGGUCACGGGCUUCCAGGCCUUCCUGUACGAGAAAGUGUGCAAGCUGGCAAGCACUGCACAGCUGUGCGAGAUAUUCGAGAGAAUAAAGGCAGAUAUACCUGAUCUGUGCAAAGACAAAGUGGGAAACUACUUCAUGCAAAGUUUUAUCUCUGUAUACGCACCGGAAGAGAUUUACAGAAUCAUAGAAGAGCACAUACACACAUUUCCAGCAAACAGCAACAUAGUCCACGUGCUUCUCAUGAGGGCAGCAGCAGAGAACAAAGUGUCAGUGGUGGAAAGCGCAAUGGAGAGAGUGUUCAAGAAAGACGCCAUUAUGAGCACGCUUCUAUUCCACGAAACAGGAGGAUUUGACUCAAAAUCGUACAAACUAGCCGUUAAACUGCUGAAAAUGAAGACAAAGUACCAGAAGACCCUUCAGAUGCAGUGCAUGGGGCUGUACGAGAGAUACUGGCUGUUCAACAAGAUAGGACAGGAGGUGCUGAUCGCUCUCCUGGAUAGCAACCUGGAUGCCGCAGUGGCCAAGCUGCUCACGAGCACAAUGACGAAAGAGUUCAUAGGAAUAUGCAAGACAAAGGGAGGAAACAACCUGCUGAAUGCAAUAGAGAAGGUAUCCGAUAGAGAAACACGCAAACAGAUAGCAAUGGCCAAGCAAGGGCUGCGCAAUGCAAAAAAAUAA